CAGAAUUGUACGACAAAGAAAAAAAAAAAAAGAGCUGAUUUCACAUUAUCGUGUUUAAAAAAAAGGGCUAGGUUUUUUUUCUCUUUCUUUUCUUUUUCUUUAUGUCUCUUCAAAACAAAAAACCACGUCAAGUUGCUAUUGCAGUAGAUCCUUUAUCCGAAGAAGCCAAUAAAACAAUUUGUUGGGCCAAGGAAAAUUUCUUUAGACCUACAGAUGAAAUUCAUGCUGUUAUGGUCAUGGUUCUGGACUGUGAAUUUGGUGAACAAGCAAUCGAAUUACCACCUACGGACUCGCUAGAAACUAUUGAAAAAGAGGCAACAAUGGAUAAAAUAGUUCAGGAGAUUGAGAAAGAUGGAUUCAAGGUCAUAAAGCAUGUCUUCAAGACUGAUUCGACACAUGCUUGUAAUGUGUUGGUUGACUAUAUCGAAACAGAGAAGAAAGAUUGCUUGAUACUAGGAAGUAGAAACUUAUCAGGAUGGAAAAGAUUUUUUAUGGGAAGCUUUAGUGACUAUGUACAAUCUCAUGUGAAUUGUCCAGUUUUGAUUGUUAAAUGAUUUUUAUUCAUCUUUUGGAUGAAGGGGAAAAUACAAUAAAAAUAUUCUUGAGUUUCUU